AUGUCGCUGAGUUCGCCCACCAUGAACGGCGUCAUCAUUGGUCUCCUCUCCUCCUUUGGGUCCGCCAUUCUGAUUGCCUUGAUCUUCCUGGUCAUCUACUUUUUCCGGUAUACAACCUCCGGUCGCAUCUUCCUCGAUCGCAUCGGACGUCCCGGUGAAUACGAUGACGAACAAGCAUUUGCGAGGGAGGAGGCGGAGGCCCUGGAGACGAUGGACGAUAUGCAGCGAACAGAAUAUCUGAGAGCAAAAGCCUUUAUUCAAUCAAACCCGCCAGAGUCGGUCCAAACCGAUAUUUCCUUAUCACAAUAUCUCGCCAUCCAGGAGAAGGGCGUGUCUGCGUGGGAGUUUGAGCCAGAAUUGGAAAUCGCAAACUGCUUUGUCGAAGGCAGGACCGAGGUUGAGUUCUUUGAUUCGGAAUGUACUGUGCAGAGCAAUUUGCCAGUGCCAAAGCAAAACGAGGUUUAUUACUGGGAGGCCAAGAUCUAUGACAAGCCCGAAAACACCUUGCUGAGCAUAGGCAUGGCGACAAAACCGUACCCGUUAUUCAGAUUACCCGGAUUUCACAAAUACUCGGUUGCAUACACUUCGACUGGUCACCGACGGUUCAACCAGCCGUUUAAUGCGACUCCGUAUGGACCAAGUAUUGUUCAGGGUGAUGUGAUUGGCAUUGGUUACCGACCCAGGACCGGCACUAUUUUCUUUACGCGCAACGGCAAGAAACUGGAAGACGUUGCACACGGCCUCAAGACGCCCAACUUCUUCCCAUCGAUUGGUGCAAACGGUCCUUGCAUUGUGCACGUCAAUUUUGGACAGGCUGGUUUUGUCUUUAUCGAGGCCAACGUCAAGAAAUGGGGUUUGGCUCCCAUGACUGGUAGUCUUGCACCACCGCCUCCUUAUGGUAGCGAGCAGGGCAGCAUUCUACUUGAAUCUGGUCGGAAGGAUGGAUACGUCGGAUCGCCGGCUAGAGGUCACAGCUACUCGCAAUCGGUACAGACUUUCAACCGAGGACCAACGCUGGACACGGGCCAUGCGAGAACGAGAAGUGGAAACUAUAGGAUAUUGCCACCGACUAGUCCAGGCCCUCAGCGAAGUCCCACGGAUAUUUCCCUGGCUCAACUGGUGCCCAACGACGAGGCUGGCGAAGGUAGUAGCAGCCAUGCCGCCAAUACGACUGAGGAGCACGUGAUUGAUGUCGUCGGCCUUGGACUUCAUGAGGCUGCCCACCCACCACCCGAAUACACCAGCCCGGAGUCAUCAGAUACUGAGGAAUCCCGGAGCAGCUCGGAGAGUGACCGAGCGCCGCUCAUCAGAACCACACGUAGCCGAGGAGCUUCAGCUGCAACAAUCAGACCAUCCAACUACAACCCACCGAUCCCAAGUUACAGCGAUGCCGUGCGUAUGGGAGCUGGCCGAGAUAGGAGUCGCAGCGACAUUACUACGGGCCGUGGACGGAAUUAA